GUGCUUCGGGUCAGGCAGUGCGCUGGAUGCCUAAGUCACACACUCCGGCGGGCCCCGCCCUUCGGUUGCGUCGCGGAUGCGCCGACCAUUUUGAAAGGUCCCCGGGAGGCCGUACCUCAGAGAGGCCCGGAUACGGCCAGGUGGCUACCCUUUCACUCGGGGUAGAUCCUGUUCGCCUCCGCUCUUCGCCGAAAAGGGAAUGCAGCUCCGGGAACGAAUCUGGCAUCUUCAGGGACAGUUACCUGCUUUUAAAAGGAGGUGAAUUAGAGUUUAAUGUAUUACUGGUCCUAUACUACGGAUGGGAACUGUUACAGUUUAUAAUGUCAAAAACUUUUCUUAGACCAAAGGUAUCUUCCACAAAGGUAACAGACUGGGUUGACCCAUCAUUCGAUGAUUUGCUAGAGUGUAGAGGCAUCUCUACUGUUGCUGCGACAUCAUUAGGUGUGAACAACUCAAGUCAUAGAAGAAAAAAUGGGCCUUCUACAUUAGAAAGUAACAUAUUUCCAGCUGGAAAAAGAGGAAAUCUGUCUUCGUUAGAACAGAUUUAUGGUUUAGAAAAUUCAGAAGAAUAUCUAUCUGGAAAUGAACCAUGGGUGGAUAAAUAUAAACCAGAAACUCAGCUUGAACUUGCUGUGCAUAAAAAGAAAAUUGAAGAAGUUGAAACCUGGUUAAAAGCUCAAGUCUUAGAAAGGCAACCAAAACAGGGUGGAUCUAUUUUAUUAAUAACAGGUCCUCCCGGAUGUGGAAAGACAACAACCAUAAAAAUACUAUCAAAGGAGCUUGGUAUUCAAGUACAAGAGUGGAUUAAUCCAGUUUUACCAGACUUCCAAAAAGAUGAUUUCAAGGAAGUGUUUAAUACCGAAUCAAGCUUCCAUAUGUUUCCCUAUCAGUCUCAGAUAGCAGUUUUCAAGGAGUUUCUACUAAGAGCAACAAAGUAUAACAAGUUACAAAUGCUUGGAGAUGAUCUGAGAACUGAUAAGAAGAUAAUUCUGGUUGAAGAUUUACCUAACCAGUUUUAUCGGGAUUCUCAUACUUUACAUGAAGUUCUAAGGAAGUAUGUGAAGAUUGGUCGAUGUCCUCUUAUAUUUAUAAUCUCUGACAGUCUCAGUGGAGAUAAUAAUCAAAGGUUAUUGUUUCCCAAAGAAAUUCAGGAAGAAUGUUGUAUCUCAAAUAUUAAUUUCAACCCUGUGGCACCAACAAUUAUGAUGAAAUUUCUUAAUCGAAUAGUGACUAUAGAAGCUAACAAGAAUGGAGGAAAAAUUACUGUCCCUGACAAAACUUCUCUAGAGUUGCUCUGUCAAGGAUGUUCUGGUGAUAUCAGAAGUGCAAUAAACAGCCUCCAGUUUUCUUCUUCAAAAGGAGAAAACAACUUACGGCCAAGGAAAAAAGGAAUGUCUCUAAAAUCGGAUGCUGUGCUGUCAAAAUCAAAACGAAGAAAAAAACCUGAUAGGGUUUUUGAAAAUCAAGAGGUCCAAGCUAUUGGUGGCAAAGAUGUUUCUCUGUUUCUCUUCAGAGCUUUGGGGAAAAUUCUAUAUUGUAAAAGAACGUCUUUAACAGAAUUAGACUCAUCUCGGUUGCCCUCUCAUUUAUCAGAAUAUGAACGGGAUACAUUACUUGUUGAACCUGAGGAGGUAGUAGAAAUGUCACACAUGCCAGGAGACUUAUUUAAUUUAUAUCUUCACCAAAACUACAUAGAUUUCUUCAUGGAAAUUGAUGAUAUUGUGAGGGCCAGUGAAUUUCUAAGUUUUGCAGAUAUCCUCAGUGGUGACUGGAAUACACGCUCUUUACUCAGGGAAUAUAGCACAUCUGUAGCUACGAGAGGUGUGAUACAUUCCAACAAAGCCCGAGGAUAUGCUCAUUGCCAAGGAGGAGGAUCAAGUUUUCGACCCUUGCAUAAACCCCAGUGGUUUCUAAUAAGUAAAAAGUAUCGGGAAAAUUGCCUGGCAGCAAAAGCACUUUUUCCUGACUUCUGCCUACCAGCUUUAUGCCUGCAAACUCAGCUGUUGCCAUACCUUGCUCUACUAACCAUUCCAAUGAGAAAUCAAGGCUGGAGUGCAAUGGCGUGAUCUCGGCUCACUGCAACCUCUACCUCCUGGGUUCAAGCAAUUCUCCUAUCUCAGCCUCUGAAGUAGCUGGGAUUACAGGCAUGCACCAUCAUACCCAGCUAAUAUUUUUUUGUAUUUUUAGUAGAGGUGGGGUUUCACCAUGUUGGCCAGGCUGAUCUUGAACUCCUGGCUUUAAGUGAUCCACCCACCUCAGACUCCCAAAGUGCUGGAAUUACAGGUGUGAGCCACCAUGCCCAGCCACUAUUUUAAACUUUAUUUUGAAAUUAUUUUUAACAUAAAGAUGCAAGAAUAGUACAAAAGAAUUCUUGUAUAUCCUUCAUUAAGUUUCCUCAUUGUUACAUUUUUACCAUAUUUGUCUAAUUAUAUUCUCUGUCAAUAUAAGCACGCUCAUAUAUGUAUUUUGCUGAACCAGUUUUGAGUAAAUUGCAGGCAUAAUAUCCCAUUAUUCUUAAAAACUUAAGUCUGCACUUACUAAAAACAAGAACAUUUUCCUGCAUAACCACACUAUGCACAUCAAGUCAGGAAAUUAACAUUAAUACCAUUCGUUUUUUGUCCCCAAAGUUUGCCAUUUGUCCUAAUAUCCUUUUAUUAAAAAAAAAAAAAAAAAACUAAUAAGAGACAGAGUAUCGUUAUGUUGGCCAGGUUGGUCUUGAACUCCUGGCCUCAAGCAAUCCUCUCACCUCAGCCUCCCAAAGCGUUACAAUUAUAAGCGUGGGCUACCGCACCCAGCCCUAAUAAUAUCCUGUGUAAAAAUGACGACUUGUUCCCCAUUUCUUUUCCAGAAUUCAAUGAAAGAUAACCUGAUGCAUUUAGUGAUAUAGUUUCCAUGUCUUUUUCAUCUCCCUUGAUCUGGAGCGGUUUUUUAGUCUUUCUUUGUCUAUGACAUUUUAGAGGCAUAUAGGACAGUUACUAUGUAUACUAUCCUUCAGUUUGAGUUUGGUGAUUCCUCAUUAUUGAAUUCAGGAUAUGUAUUUUUUUUCUGCAGAAAUACCACAGAAGUAAUCUUAAAAAGAAUUGGCAAGAAAGGGAAAGAUAUCUGGAUUCUUAACAACAGAUAAUUAUGUCCACUGCAUAUAGGUUAUCUUAUUUUUGCCUAUGAGUACCCAACAUUUUAAACACUUUUUAAGUAGUAAUACUCUCAAAAGCUAUAAGAUAAAACUCUUCAUUGUAUUAAAGUAGAUAUUUACUCUUUAAUCCUUUCUUCUGAUAACUGGUAAGGUCAACUCUGUCUUUAAAAUUUUGGGGCUGAGUGCAGUGACUUAUGCCUAUAAUCCCAGCACUUUGAGAGGCUGAAGCGGGCAGAUCACCUGAGGUCGGGAGUUCAAGACCAGCAUGACCAACAUAGAGAAACACUGUCUCUACUAAAGUACAAAAUUAGCCAAGCAUGAUGGCGCAUGCCUGUAAUCCCAGCUACUCAGAGGUUGAGGCAAGAGAAUCGCUUGAACCCGGGAGGCAAUGAGCUGAGAUUGUGUCGUUGCACUCCAGCCUAGGCAAUAAUAGUGAAACUCUUAGGAAAAAAAAUAUUCUGGGCUAGGCAUGGCAGCUCAUGCCUAUAAUCCCAGCACUUUGGGCAGCCAAGGUGGGGAGAUUGCCUGAGCCCAGGAGCUCGAGACCAGCCUAGGCAACACAGUGAUACCUUGUCUCUACAAAAAUAUUUAAAAAUUAGCUGGGUGUGGUGGCUUGCACCUGUAAUCCCGGCUACUCGGGAGGCUGAGGCAGGAGAAUCACUUGAACCCGGGAAGCAGAGAUUACAGUGAGCAGAGAUUAUAUCAUUGCACUACAGCCUGGACAACAAGAGUGAAACUCCAUCUUAAAAAAAAAAAAAAAUGAUAAAAUUAGCUGGUAUAGUGGCUCACACCUGUAGUCCCAGCUACUCAGGAGGCUGAGGUGGGAGAAUUGUUUGAGCCUGGAAAGGGAAGGUUGCAGUGAGCCGAGAUCACACCACUGCAUUCCAGCCUGGGCAACAGAGUGAGAUGCCGUCUCAAAAGGCAAAGGACCAGUUAGACAUUUCUUAAAAGAAGACAUACAGAUGGCCAGUGUAUGUGAAAGACAUACAGAUGGCCAAGGUAUAUGAAAAACUGCUUAACAUUAAGGCUUAGCACUAAUGAUCAGGGAAAUGUACGUUAAAAUGACAGUGAGAUACCACAUUACACUGGUUAAAAUGGCCAUUAUCAAAAAGACAAAUGAUAACAAGUGUUGGCCAGGGUGUGGAAACAAGGAAUCCUCACAAAGUUAGUAAGAAUGUAAAUUAGUACAGCUGUUUUGAGGAACAGUAUGGAGGUUCCUUUAAAAACUAAAAAUAGAACUACCGUAUGAUCCAGCAUUCCUACUACUGGAUAUAUAUCUAAAGAAUAUGAAGUCAAGGUCAGGCAUGGUGGCUCGUGCCUGUAAUCCCAGCACUUUGGGAGGCUGAGGCAGGUGGAUCACUUGAGGUUAGGAGUUCAAGACUAGCCUGGCAAACAAGGUGAAACCCCCUCUCUACCAAAAAUAUAAAAAAUUAGGCAGGUGGAUCACCUGAGGUUGGGAGUUCAAGACCAGCCUGGCCGACAGAGAAACCCCAUCUCUACUAAAAAUACAAAAAAAUUAGCCAGGAGUGGUGGCACAUUCUUGUAAUCCCAGCUACUCUGGAGACUGAGGCAAGAGAAUCGCUUGAAUCAGGGAGGUGGAGGUUGUGGUAAGCUGAGAUCACGCCAUUGCACUCCAGCCUGGGCAACAACAGCGAACCUCCAUCUCAAAAAAAAAAAAAGUCAAUCUCAUAGUAGAGCAUAGAAUGGGAUUACCAUGGGCUUGGAUGGUAGGAAAGAUGUUGGUCAAAGAAUACAAAAUUUUGUUACGUAGGAGGAGUAAGUUCAAGAGUUCUGCUUUACAACAUGAUGGCUAUAGUUAAUAGUGUAUAUUUUGUUGUGGUUUUGUUUCUUUUUUUGAGACAGGCUAUCACUCUUGUCACACAGGCUGAAUUGUGGUGGUGCGAUCACGGCUCACUGCAGCCUAAAUAUCCUUGGCUCAACUGAUCCUCCCACCUCAGCUUCCUGAGUAGCUGGUGACCACAGGUGUGCACCACCACCCUUAGCUAAUUUUUGUAUUUUUUUUGUGAAAUUGGGGUUUUGCCAUGUUGCAUAGGCUGGUCUUGAACCCCUGGGUUCAAGCGAUCCUCCCCACUCAGCCUCCCAAAGUGUUGGGACUACAGGUGUGAGCCACCACACCUAACCAAUAUAUUGUAUUCUUUUUUUUUUUUAAUCAAAAACUUUUGAGAAUAUUUCAAGUAACAUAUAUUAUUUUCUUGAAAAAUGCUAAGAGAGUAAAUGUUAAGUGUCUUCCCCACAAAAAUAACUCUGUGAGGUAAUAUAUGUGUUAAUUAGCUACAGUUAGUCACUCUACAAUGUAUAUAUUUUUUAAAAUGUUGCCCACAAUAAAUAUAUACAAUUUUGUUAAUUAAAAUAAUUCUGAUUGUAUUGUGUAAUGGAUUUUUUUUAUUUUUUAUUUUUUGAGAUGGAGUUUCGCUCUUGUUACCCAGGCUGGAGUGCAAUGGCGCGAUCUCGGCUCACUGCAACCUCCGACUCCUGGGUUCAAGCAAUUCUCCUGCCUCAGCCUCCUGAGUAGUUGGGACUACAGGCACGCACCACCAUGCCCAGCUAAUUUUUUUGUAUUUUUAGUAGAGACGGGGCUCACCAUGUUGACCAGGAUGGUCUCGAUAUCUUGACCUUGUGAUCCACCCGCCUCGGCCUCCCAAAGUGCUGGGAUUAUAGGCAUG